AAAUGUUCCUGUAAAGCUGUGAUACCACUUUUACUGUCAGUGAGACGACUCAUAUCCGGACACGAAAAGACCCGUCCUCUUUCACUUCCUUCUCAUUUUUUCUUGAUGUAAAUGGAAGCAGUAGUUACCAAGACUGAAAGAAAAGCAGCAUUCAGAUAACUAGUCAUGACUGGUAGAUUAUUCCGCUGUCACCUCUUAAACAUAAUUGUUUCACUAACGGUUUUGAUUCUGAAUGUCAUCCUACCCAUUAUGGCAUAGGUGACAGGUGAAAGGUCACAUCGGUUUCCUGUUUGGCGUUGUCAUCACUCUAGUACAAAAUAUAUCCAAAAAUAUGUUCAACCUUUGAUUUGUUGAGAUUUCAAAAUGGGAAAUAAUCAAAAAGACAAGUCAUGUCUCUGAACUCUGGUAGUUAAGGUUCAGGCUUAAAAAAUGGCAAAAAGUGAAGGAGGCGUUCCAUGGAAAAUUAGGAUAUUUAUAGAUGUUGACCAAGAGAGUUGGGCAAUUCUUUUCCAGCAAAUUCAAGAUGAACACACAACGUCUUCUUUUCUGCUUUUGUUCAGCAGUACUUUUCAAUGGAACCCUUGGUAUAACCGUAACUUACGAUAAAAUGGCAGGUGAAGACUUCAGAAUUCCACUUGGCUUCAGAAUGCCACCAAACAGCAACGUACUUUUUUGUAAGAAUUCCUGCACAAAGGAUGGCAUCCUCAUUGACACUAAAUCGGGCAAAGGUCCAGGUGGCAGGUACAUCUUGAAUUAUGAUGGUAAGAUGAACAUCAUCAUCAGCCAACUGACCCCCGCUGACACAGGACAUUACCAGCUCACCGUAAGCAACGCCUAUAAUCACUCCGAGGAGCGGAACUUUAAGCUCUUCAUCAGAGGGUUGUGUGACGGUGGAGUGGUCCCAGCUGAUCCUCGUGUCUACAGCGUAACCGAGGGAGGGAGUGUCACAAUACUUUGCUUUGGCUUUGUGACACCGUUAGACAGGAAGUUCCUCUGUCAGGGGGAAUGUAACAAAUUUCUGUUUGAGACCACAAAGGACUCCUCCUCUGGCCGAUACAGGAUAGACUACGGGAACAUCAGCUACUUCCUAAUCACUGUGACACAGCUCACAAUGUUGGACUCGGGCCAGUACAGGUGCGCCGUGGGAAGAGCACACACUUUCAACGUGUGCCAGGAGUUUGAGAUAGUUGUCACACGCAACUACGCCGUCCCUCUCUGUGUGACUGCUGCUGUGGUGUUGUCGGUCUCCCUUUUUCUACUGCUGCUCUAUAGAUGGAGGAAGAGGUCGACUGUUCAUGAAAGCAGCAGAGGUUGCCCUGAAAACAGCAAUAUGGUGGUAAGGUUUAUUCUCUGCCAUCAUUUAACACUCAUGUGGUUCAUAUGAGAGCAUGUAGCCACCGGUCUUGCCUGGCGCUCAGUACACUAACCCCAUCUGCUUGGCAUUUUAGAUGCUUUCAGGUUCUGCAAGAUAAAACAGAAUUUCUUUUCUUCUCGAUAUGACCUCUAUUAGGCUUGACGUCUUUACGGGGAUGCUAAUCAGAAGGGUUAUUUCCAGGGUAUAGUUAUGUUUUCACUGAUGUUUACUGAAAUGUUCAUGUUUAUUAGUCAGCCAUUGUUAGUACAUUUCAUCCAAAAGCUGGCAGGUGUACCCCACCUCUGUACAAAGUCAGCUGGGAUAGGCUCCAGCUUACCCGUGCCCCAAUGAGGCCAAGCGGUAUAGAAAACUGACGCUCUUCUAUGGGUUUUACUCAUUAUACCUCUGUCUACUGGCUUGGAAUGCAUACAGUACUACAGCCUUACUAUAUAGGCGAUAGUAGAUAAAUAGAUAAAUAAUACAUAUUAUUGAUUACUACUGCUUUAAAAAAUAUAAAGCAGGAGUAAUCAACAAUACCAAUAAGAUGACUGAUAAUGAUAACAUACGCAUACAAUUCCGGUGAAUUUAAUGUUGGUUUUGAUAUAAUAUUAAUCCUUAAUUACGAUGGCCGACAGAGGCAAAUGUGCGGCAACAUCCGAACGCUCCAAACACACACAAUGGGAAAAUGUUGCAAAUGAAUAAAUCACAUUUAAACAUUGAAUUAAACGUCACAUAAAUGUUGCAAGAUUAAAAAAAAACAAUUUUUCCAAAAAUGCUGCAAAUGCGGAAAACACACACAAACCCCCAAAACACAUACAGAACAAAACAAAAGUUUGCAGGCUACCUGAGGUGUAUUCGUCUUUGCAGGCAUCAACGGGAUGCCCAGAAGAAAGUUGGUGGAAUGGACAAAGUACAUUUUUUUAUGUCUUUGUUAAACACUUAGCCAUAAAAUUCGGUUGCUCUAUAAUACUGUAAAAUAUUACGUUUUUAAAGACAGACAUCCCUCACGCCUGGCACCCAGUUAGAUUUCAUAACUCAUUUCAGAAACCGUCACUGGUGGUCGUCCAGACCGCUUGGCCUUGCACACACAGUCUUCCUAUUUGAAUUGUUUGUGGCAUGUCCAAAUGUGCUUUCCAGUAGGUGUAUUUUUAUUGAAUUUCCACCAAAAUGUACACCGCACACUCUUGUCUGACCGGGUUCCAGCAUAUUCUAACACGUUAAAUAGUAAAUUCUUCACCCUGGUAAAACUUUCAACUUCAUCUGGUGGACAAAUAAUAAUAAUAAUACAUUUGAAUUACAGUAGCUCAAAUGUAAAUCUUAAAGUAUUUCAUUAGUUAAUUUUAAGAUAACGUGAGCUUAAAACUGUCACUUUUUGUCCCGAGGAACAAAGAUUGCCAUUUUUGGAAAAUAUAAGGAACGCAGAUGAGAAUUCUAAAAUGUUUUUACCAGGAUCUGUUUAGCUUUAAAUAAAAGGGGGAUAAGGUGUUCCAUACUAGACUGGUGGAAGGGCCUCAGGAGACACUUAAGGCCCUGUCACACCUUGACGAUUUAGCCAGCGCAUGCCCGACGUGAUCAUUUUGAUGGCAUACGGUGAAUUGUGGACGUUUUUUUCCAUUUUGGGCGUAUACAUAGCGUAUUCAUAACGAGUUGUACGUAUACAUGACGUAUUAGUAACUUAUAUAGAACGUUUCUAUAACUUAUAGACAACUUAUACCAAUGAAUGCGUAGCAUGUUGCCGGCGUUCACAACUUAUGCCCAACGCCAGUCUAACUUAUGCAAACCGCGCGGCAGCGUAUGGCCGACGAUCACGUGCCGUAGCCUAUAAAAAGGUUGCCACUUGAUGACUCACCUCACUAGACAUCGCAGUGUCAACAUCACCAUCAUGCCGAAGAAAAUUUCGAAGACCGCUGCCAAGAAGUAUCAGGGCAGUGACGGAGGGAUCCAUCACCACCCACAGCCUCCCCCUCCUACUCUCACUCUGAUGGAGAUGACGCAGGUUCUAACGCCUCUCAGCCAACCCUAGCCAAGACGAGAGCCAAAAAGACACAGUUUUGUCUCAAGGUAUGUUGACGUAUUACGACUUGUGCGUAACUUACAAAUAACGUGUGUGAACGGGCGUCAACGAUCGCAUAACUGAUUGCCCGCGUAUGCGGGACGUAUGAAUCAUAUGUUGACAUACGUCGAAAUGUUUUGUGCAUGCACAAAAUUUUUGGACGACUUGGAUGUACCACGACGUAUACUGGCGUGCUUCAGCGUGCUCUUAACUUAUACAAAACUUACCCAUAACUUUUUCAACGUACGCCAGCGUAUUGGCCAAAUUUUUCAUACGUUGGUGUACGCUGGCUAAAUCGUCAAGGUGUGACAGGGCCUUUAGGGGCAUCAAAUUCUGCCUUGUCCGAGGCUGAUAACACGUGCCACGCCACUGAUCUAUAAGAUCGUCUUCACAAAACUGUGUUGUUGUUUUUUUAGCAGGUUGCCAGCUAUGAAAACAUUCCACCACGUCCCGGAACACAACAGCACAUCUAUCAGAGCAUUGAUGAAGCCACCAGGGAAUUUGAAACCUACAGGACACUUUCAAACACACAACAAGACACAAUCA